AUGUCUUUCUUGUCAAGAUCGCGUCGUCUCUUCACGCUCAAGCCCCUUCCACUGCGUCCAUCGGAGAGUAUUUCUUUAAUUUGCCGUGGCAAAUCCAUCACCCAAGACGAGCUGUUUCAGUUUACCAAUGGUCGAUUCCUGACUCGAGACAAACAACAACGUGAUGCUCGUUAUGUCAAUUUUGAUCUGGGUGCACUUUGUGCUAUUGCAGCCUCCAUAGGCCCUUCGAUAUCGCGUGUUCGAGAAGUCGAAAAAUUAGAGGGCGGAUUCAGCAAAGUAUUACGCAUACAACGAGAGAACGGAACAGAACUCAUUGCGAAAAUAUCAUGCCCCAACGCCGGCCUUGCAAAGUACGCGACUGCCUCGGAGGUUGCUGUUCUGGAAUACGUGAGAGAGUAUACUGACAUCCCAGUACCAUCCAUUUAUUCGUGGAGUGCUGGUGCUUCCAAUCCGGUUGGGGCCGAGUAUAUCAUCAUGGAAAAAGCUCCCGGUGUUCAGCUCUUCAGAGUGUGGGAUCAAAUUGAGGAACGAAGCAAACUUGCUAUCAUCGAGCAACUGGCCAAAUGGGAGAGUCAAUUGAUGUCCAUAGAGUUCCCGACCUAUGGCUGCGUGUACUCUCGUCAUUCUUUUCCAGAUAGUGACAGGAAGACGGACCUUUCCACAGACAUCGAUCGAUCCGGGUCAUAUUGUGUUGGUCGCUCCGGCGAUCCCACGUGGUCUACUGUACCGUGGGAUUUAGCAUCUGGCCCUCGGCUUUCUCUCACCGAAUUUGGAACCGCAUUAGCAAAACGCGAGAUAUAUCGCGUCUCUCGGGAAUCGGAGAGCGCUCACGUCGUUGACCACCGUGGCACAGCUGCUGAACAGAUCCUUUUGCUAGAGACAACCGUUGAGCUCAUGAAGAUUCUAGGCUCCCAUUCGGACCUCCUCUGUCAUUCUAAGCCUACCCUCUGUCAUCCGGAUCUGCACUUGGGCGACAUUUUUGUCUCAGAGGACGACCCUUCAAAAAUCUCAGCUAUUAUCGACUGGCGGUUUGCACAGAUAGCUCCUAUGUUCUUACAGCUUCGCUGGCCGGGUUUUCUAGCCCCACCAAAAGACUACACAGCUGGCAUUGUUAGCCCAAAGUUCCCUGACGACUAUGAAGACAUGGAUGAUGAUGAAAUGAAAUUGGUAGAGUACGACUUCAAGCAAGCUACAAUCGCCAAAGCCUACGAAGUAAGAUCCCAUCUUGACAACAAAGAUGCUUAUGAUGCCAUGAACAUGCCUCGAGGAUAUCGGGAGCUCUUCAUUGGUUGUGGAGAAACGUGGGCAGAAGGGCCUGCGCCAUUACGGAAGUGCCUGAUCGAGGUUCUCAAUUUCUGGCACGAUCUAAAUUUGCCCGGUGAAUGCCCCUACGCAUUCAGUCCGGAAGAAAUUCAAAAACACGCAAAGCAGUUUGAACAAUACAGAGAACAGCACCGGGCGAGAGAAUUUGCGUUGGAAUAUCUCGACACCGAUGCGGAUGGCUGGAUCCCCCCUGAAGUGGAUUUUGCGAAGAAGCAGCAACAAAAUAGAACUCUUCUCGCCUUAUACGUCGACAGAAUGUCUGGUCAGAAAUCCCGAGAAGAGAUGCGCAAACUGUGGCCCUUUUCAGAGGAAAUCUAA